AUGUCUUAUUCCAUUAGACAGCAACAACAGUUGCAACAUACAUUGCCUUUGCAAUUGUUACCUAUUGAUCCUGAAGAUGUAAAGAAUGCGGCCUUGGUUCCAGAACAGAUGCAAUCAUAUCAUCAAAAUGCCAUUCUUAAUCCAAGUCUUUCUAUGACUGGCCUUGGCCAACAACAGCCUCAACAACAGUUGACCACGUCCUAUUCAAGCUCUUCAUCUUUGAAUGAAUUCUCCGACAAGGAUUUGUUGCCUGAUUUGUGGAUGACUGAAUCUGCCGGUUCCUCCAACUCUACUUCAACCAACGUAUCUCACAAUACCUCAUUUGUCCAAAUGACCCCUGUUCCCUUACAAUCCCAACAGCAACCACAGCAACGUCAAGUUCCUGUUCCAAUACAUUCUAACAGUGUUUGGUCCAACUCGAAUUCACCUAAGAUGCCAUUCUACGUUUCUACAAACUCGGAUAUCUUCCCCUUGACAGAGGAGAACUUGUUGUACAACAACAGCUCCUCUUCGUUAUGUCUUAGCGCCACACAAGUUUCUUCUCAGACCCAGCACAUGGUUUCUUCGCCUCAACAAGCAAAGAAUAAUGGUGCCAUGUUGCUUAAUCAAAAGUACCCAGCUUCUGAGGAGUCUUUGGAGGAUGGUUUGUUUUUUAUUCCUCAAGCAGGACAACCUUUGCAACAACAACAACAACAGCAACAACAGAAUAUCUUCAAUCACAAGCAUAAGAACAUCAAUACCCAAUUGUACAAGACCGAGUUGUGUGCUUCAUUUGUCAAGAUGGGUGUGUGUCCUUAUGGGAACAAGUGCCAGUUUGCACAUGGAGAGAAUGAGUUGAAGAGAGUUGAUAGACCUCCCAAGUGGAGAUCCAAGGCCUGUGCCAACUGGGCCAAGUUUGGCACAUGUCGUUAUGGGAACAGAUGCUGUUUCAAACACCAUGAUUAA